AUGAAGGAAGGUUCCGGAGAUAUCGAUAGUAGAAAUGUGGUGAAGAACCGUGAGUUACUUUACCGACUGAUUAUCAGUCAACUGUAUUACGAUGGCUUUCAACCCAUAGCUGCAACGUUAGCUUCUGCCGUUCACGCUGAUCCGCCAUGUCCACCAAGCGACAGACUACUAAACCUAAUGGUUGUGGGAUUACAACAUGAGCCUGACCGUAAGGACCGGUUAGCAGCCUCCAGCGGAGCCGAACAUCUGCUCGGAACUACUGGUUUUGACUUGGAAUACGAGAUGGACGCAUCCUCGCUAGCGCCAGAGCCGGCCACGUACGAAACAGCAUAUGUUACAUCACACAAGAUGGCGUGCCGCGCGGGAGCGUUCAGUGCUUGCGGACAACUGGUUGCUACAGGCUCCGUUGACGCUAGUAUUAAGAUAUUGGACGUGGAGCGUAUGUUGGCUAAGUCAGCUCCUGAAGAAGUGGAUCCGGGGAGAGAGCAGCAAGGACAUCCGGUUAUUAGAACUUUGUACGACCACACUGAUGAGAUAACAGCUUUAGAUUUCCACCCACGGGAACAGAUAUUGGUGUCAGCAUCCCGGGACUGCUGUAUCAAGUUGUUUGAUAUCACUAAAGCUUCAGCUAAGAAGGCUUAUAAAAGUAUUACGGACGCCGAACAAGUACUAUGUGUGGCUUUCCAUCCUCUCGGGGACCAUAUAAUAGCCUCGACCACUCACCCGGUGAUAAGACUUUAUGACGUCACCACCAGCCAAUGUUUUGUAUGUCCAAUACCAUCCCAUCACCAUAAAAAACAGGUUAACUCUAUCAAGUUUUCCCCAAAUGGGAAAUACUUCGCCAGCGGUAGCGCGGACGGUUCAGUAAAACUGUGGGACACUGUCUCCAACCGCUGUUUCAACACCUUCAUCAACGCCCACGACGGGGCAGAAGUCUGUUCUGUAGCAUUCACCAGGAAUAGUAAGUACCUCAUGACCUCCGGUCUGGAUUCAUCCAUCAAGCUGUGGGAGUUAGCAAGUAGCAGAUGUUUGAUACAGUACACUGGCGCUGGAACUACAGGUAAGCAAGAACACCACGCCCAAGCUGUGUUCAACCACACGGAGGACUAUGUGAUGUUCCCGGACGAAGCGACCACGUCCCUUUGCACGUGGCACUCGAGGAGUGCCAGCCGCUGUCAGCUUAUGUCGCUAGGACACAAUGGCGCUGUGAGGUUUAUUGUCCACUCUGGCACAGCGCCAGCCUUCCUGACCUGCAGUGAUGAUUACAGAGCUAGAUUCUGGUAUCGUCGGAAUACGCACUGA